AUGGAAGCACCUAUGGAACCUCCGGACCCCAUCCCUUCCAUGGUAGACACUACUAUGAAAGACGCUACUCAAGUUGAUGAUAUGGUUAAAUCAUCUCCAAAUUCACCUACAACAAUUUCUGUUGUCAAACAACCUGUUUCCUUUAGGGAUGUUGUCCAAAGCUCGUCACAAUGGUUCAAUGAAGCUCGCAAUAUUUCCAUUACAUCUUUGCAAUGGGAGGACGAUCAUGUUAAUCCUCUUGAUACAACGAAGGUUGUCUCUUUCCCGAAAGAAACUUUAGACAAACGAAGACACCCUUGGAAACUUACCCUGAUGGGUAAAUCUUUAGGUAUCUCUAUUCGUCCAUCUUUCCUAACACAAAGAGUGAGGGCUAUGUGGAAACCCAAAGGAACUUUAGAAGUUAUUGAACUUGGAAAGGAUGUUUUUUUAUUUAGGUUCUCCAUGCAAGAUGACUAUGAACGAGCUCUUCUUGGGGGUCCUUGGUUCAUUCUCGAUCAUUACUUAAUGAUCACGAAAUGGAAACCUAAUUUUCGCCCUUCUAUGAAUCCUUUUGAUAGAAUGACAGUCUGGAUCCGUUUCCCAGAACUACCAGUUGAAUAUUAUGAUAGAAUCGCCCUUUUUGAAAUUGCAAAAAAAGUUGGGAAUCCGAUAAGAGUUGAUUACGCUACUGUUCACCUAACCAAAGCGAGAUAUGCUAGGGUGUGCAUCGAUAUUGAUCUCUCCAUUCCUUCAGUUGAUUCUAUUUGGGUUAGAAAUGGUUGGAAACAAAUUGAGUACGAAAAUAUAAACUCAUUAUGUAUUCAUUGUGGCAGGAUAGGCCAUCCAAAAGAAUCUUGCACCAUGUUCCAAGCUAUGAAGAAUAAAGGCACAGUGACUACUCAAGAUGAUCCUUCAACAUCAUCAACUUCUAUUACUAAGCCCAACCCAAUCAUAGCCCAGUCCCUCCACCCAACACCCUUCAUCGACAACCCCCAUCAACAACACUAUCCCUAG